AUGUUUGGACCAAGGAAACAAAUUGUGGACCAUUUGGGCGGCGAGAUUCAAGGCCAUGGGCAACUUGGAAUCAAUGCAGCACUUUUGACUUGGAAACCGAUGAAAUAUAAGACGUACACCCUUUCUCUUGUUAGUCUCCUUGGCCUCUUUGCCACCCUCACCACAGCCCAGGAUAGCCCCGACAAAGGUGUAACGGCGACCCCAACCAAUACCGGCUUCCAAGCCAGCGUCAGCGGCGGUGUCAGCUUCGACAUCAACGGCAAGAACAAGACCUUUGGCUUCAAUGAGGUCUUUGGAGACGACGAUUCCGAUUCUGAUGACGAGGAUGACCAGUCAAAGUCGGGGGCAAGCGAGAUGAUUGUGAGGAGUAGCGGACUCCUCGUUGCCGGUGUGAUAGUUGGGGCCGGUGCCAUUAUUCUCUAA